AUGCUACAUGUUUACUUUUUACUGGAGUGGCGUUGGCGCAGCCUUGCAAGGGUUGGACCGGAGUUUAAGCGGUCAGCAUUUCAGGCUGGCUGCCAAGUCGCUUCGCUGUUCCAGCCACCACACACGCACACACACAGACUGGGGGCGAGUAUCGAAAACGCCAUAUCCUCGGGACGUUUUUGUAUAGCGCCCCGGUCCGUUUGA